AUGGACGCGCUAACGGAAAAACAGGUUAAAGAACAGCUAAAUGAAAUCAAGCAAUCGUCUUCGGAGGAUAAGCAGUCCGAUGAAUUGGAUUUGAACAAUGUCGAAUAUAUCGGAGAUAUUAACGGGGAAAGCGAGGCGCAAAAAUCCCUAAAACACAUCCAGGAGAUAUUCCAAAAAACCGAAGCGAUGAAAUUAGAAGCCAAAGAGAAGGGUCAGGAAUUAGAAGAUCAAUUCAAGGUGUUAAAGGAGCGAUUAAACUCCAGCUCGGAGUACUUGAUCAGAAUAAAGAAAAACAUCGAAAACAUUAAAUUUUCGUACCAACGGAACGUCAUCGAAUUGCAAAAAAAGUCGGAGCCGCCUGCCGAUAUGGCCAAUCACAAAUUCGAGAACAGAGAAGACAUGGAGAAAUACAUCGAAGACGUUCGACAGAAAAUGGACGAUCUGCAAAACCGAAUGACUAUGCAAAAGGAGAAGCAACAACACGUCACCGAGAGCUACGAAGAGGCCUUUAACAAUGUGGUUAACGCUCUGCAGAAACUCGAUACCGGUGAAUGUUCGUCCGUUAAAUUCUUAGGUGAUGCCCAAUCAGAAGGCGACAAAUAG